UGACACGCGUCAUUUCCUGCUGUGUCUGUGGCCGGCUGGUGGCUGUGCUGGCGGACGGGCGGACAGGGAGCGGAGAGAGGAGCUGGAGAUACACCGCGUUUAUCUCCUCAAUACACGCCUGAUAAACCGAGAUUUACCGCGGGGUAGAUCCACAACCCGAGCAAACGGAUAAGACAGUAUCUAAUGGAAGCCAUCACCGCCUGGACACCAUGGCUCUUCUCGAUGUCACAGGGCUGCUGUGGUCAGAGCUGAGUGCUGUGAUUCUGUGUUUGCGGACAUCACGUUAUCUGCCUCUUUGAAGUCGACCCAUUAUCGUCCAGCCUCCACACACACACACACACACACACACACACAACCAGCAGAAGCAUGGCGCCUGUGCCUCCUGGUAUCCGCUUCCUGGCAUCCUUUAACCGGGAGCAGUGGUAUCGGGCAUUCACCUUUGUACUUACCUUCCUGCUCUACACCAGUUUUCAUCUGUCCAGGAAGCCCAUCAGCAUUGUCAAGAGUGAGCUGCAUAAGAACUGUUCGCUGGUUAAAGAGCUGGCUACUGAAAGCAGCAAAAGUGGUCAGCCGCAAAUCCUUCAUGUAGAAGUCGACUGCAGCUGGAAACCUUUCGAUAGGGACAACUAUAAGCAGCUGUUGGGAGCGAUGGACCUCUCCUUUCUGUUUGUGUAUGCAGUUGGAAUGUACCUGAGUGGAAUUAUUGGCGAGCGUUUGCCCAUUCGCCUCUUCCUGACCAUGGGCAUGCUGACCAGUGGCCUCUUCACCUGCCUGUUCGGCCUGGGAUACAUCUGUAACAUUCACACCCUCAGCUUCUAUAUCAUCGUUCAGAUUGCCAAUGGUUUAGUGCAGACCACAGGCUGGCCCAGUGUGGUGACGUGUAUUGGGAACUGGUUUGGGAAGGGCAGGCGAGGUUUGAUAAUGGGACUGUGGAACUCUCACACGUCGGUGGGGAACAUCCUCGGCUCUCUAAUCGCUGGUUAUUACGUGUCCUCAAACUGGGGGCUGUCCUUUAUCGUCCCUGGAAUAAUCAUCGCAGUUAUGGGCAUCCUCUGCUUCCUCUUCCUUAUUGAACACCCAAAUGAUCUUAAGGCUGCUGAAACCCACAGCACUGCCAGCAAUAACCAGAAGCUGCACAAGAGCUGGACAGGUGUUAACGGUCAUAAAGAGCUGUACCUGCAGUAUAAAAAACAGAGCUGUGAUACAGAGCUGCUUCUGGGGCAGGACAGUGCUGUGUGUGUUCCUGUGCAGCAGGUGGUUGUAGUGAAGAGUGAAGCAGAGCUUUCGGCCAUAAGCUUCAGAGGAGCUCUCUGCAUCCCGGGUGUAGUGGAGUUUUCUUUCUGUCUGCUCUUUGCUAAACUGGUCAGCUACACCUUCCUGUUCUGGCUGCCUCUCUACAUCACUAAAGCAGCUCACCUCGACUCUAAGACAGCGGGAGACCUCUCCACCCUGUUUGAUGUCGGUGGAAUUGUCGGUGGUAUCCUGGCAGGUGUCAUCUCAGAUAAGCUUGGAAAGAGAGCCACAACAUGCGCUGUGAUGCUUCUUCUGGCUGCUCCCACACUGUAUGGAUUCUCCAUGAUAAGCCAGUUUGGCCAGGGUCCCACUAUCGCAAUGCUGCUGGUGUGUGGAGGGUUAGUAAAUGGACCGUAUGCUCUCAUCACAACAGCCGUCUCUGCUGAUCUGGGAACCCACAAGAGCCUGAAAGGCAAUGCCAGAGCUCUGUCCACAGUCACAGCUAUUAUUGAUGGGACGGGUUCAGUCGGUGCUGCUAUCGGCCCCCUGCUGGCAGGACUGCUUUCUGCACAAAGCUGGGAUCAGGUCUUCUACAUGCUCAUGACUGCAGACUUUUUGGCACUAGUGUUGCUGCUGAGAUUGGUGAUGAAGGAGCUGACGUCUAAUAAGAGCCGGCCAGGCGUAGCUGUAGAACUGAAGGAGCAUUGAGCGCUCUUUGCACUAAACUGAAGAGUGAGAUUAGAGGGAGGGGGCUGAGGACAUCCUGUCGUCUACACCUGCUGGACAUCGGACCACUUCCUAACUGGACCACAACUUGAGUCUGGACCAAAAUUGCACAUUGGCCGGGUUAUGUCCAUUAUACUUGACCUUUGACUUGCUGCUUGAAGGGACAAGACUGAAUCUUGGCUUGGUCUGUCUGUCUAUAACUCUUAUUCUAUCUCCUGAUUCUGUAGCUUGAGAAGCACAUUGGUGGGAUAUGGCACUGGAGUCAUUUCCCGCCUAAAACUUGUUCAGAGAGCUGGAAAGCUUUUAGCUUUGUAGCAGAUAAAAGAUGAAAACUAGCAUAUUGUAAAGUUUAGAAAUGAUGGCCAUGCUGUUGGGGGAUCGCCGGUUCGAUUCCUGGUGAUGGAUGCCACAGCCGUCUGUGCCUGUGGGUCACAGAGAGUGCAAUUUUUAGGGUGGGUAAAAUAUUCCCUCUCUAAUCAACCCAUGUUUAAUGUUGAUACAGUUAAAAAAAAGCUGUAGCUUUGUGUUACUGGCCUUUACACUUUUUUGGACAUUGUGUAAAUGGGGGAUUCCUGUUUACUGUGGAUUUGGAAACGACACAAAUGUACAGAUGCACAAACACAGCUUGUCUAGUCCCUGUAGAUAAGUACUGCUAGAUAAAUACGAUUUCCUCCACAUCUAAAGUGUUAUAAAGGCCAGAGGGAUACAAAAAGCCCCCAGCAUUGGAGCAAUUGAAUUGUAGAGCAAUGGAACUGUGUUCUCUGAAAUAAUAAUGGAGCUCCAUCCAGUGCAGUUGGGAUGGGGAUCAUCCAACAUCCCGGCCUUACUAAAGCUCUUGUCCCUAAUUGGAAUAAAAAUCCAACAAAAGCAUACACAUACAGGGGUUUGACAAUGAAACUGAAACACCUGGUUUUAGACCACAAUAAUUUAUUGUCCCGACGGACAGUUCUGGUGAAAACAGGAGAGUUGAGGUGCACAUUGAAUUCUGCCGUGAUACAAUCUGGGUUAGCACCCGAACAUCCCUUUCAGACAGCUUCCUCUUGCAACCACAGUUAAUCCUGUUGGAUGUGGUUGGUCCUUCUUGGUGGUAUGCUGACAUUACCCUGGAUACCGUGGCUCUUGAUACAUUACAAAGACUUGCUGUCUUGGUCACAGAAACUCCAGCAAGACGUGCACCAACAAUUUGUCCUCUUUUGAACUCUGGUAUGUCACACAUAAUGUUGUGUGUAUUGCAAUAUUUUGAGCAGAACUGUGCUCUUACCCUGCUAAUUGAACCUUCACACUCUGCUCUUACUAGUGCAAUGUGCAAUUAAUGAAGAUUUGCCACCAGGCUGCUCCAAUUUAGCCAUGAAACCUCUAAACCACUAAAAUGACAGGUGUUUCAGUUUCAUUGUCCAACCCCUGUAUAUUUUUUAAACUUGAUUUAGGUAGAAACAGGUAAAUAGAUCAUUUUUUUCAAUACUUUUGUUCUAUAUAAAAUACUGAAAACAAAUUGACAAAUAUAAUCAUAUAUUCACCCCCAGAGGUGAGGUUCUGUAAAUGCUGGUUCAACUUUUGAUGUUUAUCCCACACUUUUUGCCUUAGAAAGGUACAAACAUACUAAAACGUACUAGAAGCUUCAACAGGCAGCUCUGUUUUACUGAGUGUAAGAUCAUUAUGCCAUGACCUGAAUUCAAUAUUAGCGAUGUUUGCACUUUAAGUAAGCUAAAAUGUAGAGCUAAUGAUGAUAACUCAUAAACAUGCAGUACAAGCUGAUGGAUAAUUCAGCAUAUUAGCAUUUUAGCUAAACUUUUCCCUGCUGAAAAAAUCCAGUUUAAGACCAACUGUUGGUAUCUUCACUUUUAUUGUCUACAUGUUUAGAAAGUUCCUCAUCUAUACAGAAACAUACCUUAUCUUGGAAAGCCAGUUAGUUAACCAACUUUUAAACAGCAUACUUACUAUAUGCCUUCAUAUGCCUUUAUGUUAUUAUUAUUAUUAUUAUUAUUAUUAUUAUUAUUAAUGUUGUUCCCACUGGUAAUGUGGGUUAACCAGCAUGGUCAAGCCUGGUCAUAUUUUUGCCUAGCUAAAUCAACUUGAUCAAACAUGUAGAUCAGCUAGCUAAACCAUCCAAAUCAAACUAAAACUACUAGUCAACCAGCUUAACAAGCUAGUUUUUUUUCCAGCAGGGAUCACUUAAGAUUAGAAGUAUCUGUAAAUGUAACAAUUUUAAGUGCUGUUUGAAUCAAGCAAGCUGUGCUUUUUGUAUAUAUGUCGUAAUAUUUCCAUAUAUUUCUAUUGUUCCACUAAGGUACAAAGCUAAAAGUCCCUUCAAGCACACAGUGGAUGGACAAGGCGGGCGAACAAAUGUAUUUAAUGUAUAUAAAUUUGUGAGAACAUUGUUAAUAUAUUGUUUUUCAUUCCCAUCUGCCUUUCUACAGACCAAAGCAAAACUUAUACGUUAUUUAUUGAAGAAUAUUUCUUUUAUUUGUUUAUUUAAAUGCUGUGUCUUCAGUGCUGUGGUGGAUAUUAAGUGUUUAUUGUUUAAUAUAAGUAUAUGUGUUGGGAUUUCUGAUUCUUUUAGCUUUCUGACAGACUAUGAAAUGUUGCCUCAGUGUCUGUACUAGUCUGUAACUUCACGAUUGCAGUGUUUACGAGCGUUUCGAAUGCUGAGCAGCUUUGAUGUUCGUUCAGACGUUGUUAAUGUUUUGGGUAGAUGUAGAUUAGUUAGGUUUGUAGAUGAAGAUGUUCUGUACUGUGUGUGUGUUUGUGUAUGUAAGUGAGUGUGAGAGAGGUUAAGAGAGUAAUAGGAUAAAAGGUACAGCUCAUGAUGUGGUGUGCACAAGGUGGUGUACUAGGACCCAAUCCCAUUUUACCCCUUGGCCCUCUCACUUACCCCCUACCCCUUUAUUUUGAGUGGUCAAGGGGUGAAAUCCUCUCCAUUAGAAUUGGGACAAGCCUUCAAGCACCCGAUAGGACAUCAGGAGUGCUUAAGUUCAAUAACCUAGCUGCUUUUGGUUAACAAGUUAACUUUAGGGCUUUAAUAUAUGUCUUCAUAAAGUGGGGAGAUGCUGCAUAAUAAGUAAAUUAUUAUUGUCCAUUCCUUAAUUCCUCUGUUAUGAGGAGCUGAAAUUAGCUUUGAUUAGCUUUUUUUUUUUUUUUUUUUCCAUUCCAAUCCAUUCCGCCUUAAAUGCUGCAGCCCCUGCAUCUUGUCUGUUGCACCAUUUAAGGUGGAACGGUAAAGUCCUGAGACAAACUACUAGUGAUCUUUUUUUAUGCUUUUUAUGAAGAAUUUGGUCAUAAAACACUUAAACUACACAUUAACCUAUUGUAAUAUAGUGCUUAUAGUCACUUUUAACAAGGAAAAUGUUUUUUUUUUUUUUUUUUUUUUUACCAUUUCUGGGUUUCUUUGGUCGCUUGUUCCGCCAUCGUGCCAGUGAUUUUUAUACCUCUCUGUUUGAAGUGUGCCUCUGAAAAAUCUCUAAGUAGUAGUGCCAAGGGGUGAAAUGGAAUUGGGACUAGGGCUGCAUCUAAUGAUCGACUACUUUGGUAGUCAAUUAAUUUGUUGAUUUGUUUGAAAACUAUUAGUCUAAGACGACUAUUUCGAUUAUUGUCAUGUCAAUCAUCUCUGUUUUUUGUGGACGUGGCUCUUGUUCUUAACUCAAAAGGCAUUUAAAUGUGAAAUAUUCUGUUGUUUAUUAAGUAUAUAGCACUUUUGGUGACAGAGCGAGCUGAGUGUGAACCGAGUGAAUGAGCAGCCCUUACCCAUUCCUCAUACCGUUUCCAUCCCUUAAUCUAGCACUAUAAGCAGUGUGUUCCAGUUACAAAUUAGCGAUUAGCUGCCACUGAAAUUUACGGUUUACGGUUUACAGAGUAGAUUUGUCGAAUUAUGUCGGCCAAUCAUUACACCCCUAGAGUAUACACUUAACACAAAAAACACAUGCUUGCUUUACGGUGUUGGUACAGCUCUGGUUAUUGGGACGAUUAACACAUUUUGCCUUUAAGUGAAAAUGCCGUUGUAGAGAAUGAAGCAGCUACCAGCUAUCAGUUAGACUGGUUUCAUCAUUGGCCUUGAGCUUACUGCUGUUCUCCUGCAGUAACAACAGCACAAACUCAUUAAACUGUAGAGUGAGUGUUACACUAUAGAUGCCUGAAUGUACCUUUACAUGAAUCUUGUGUGUAAUGCUUUACUGGUGUUACAGAAUAUCGUCGUGCCUUUUUUUCUAUUGAACUGUAUUUGUGGGCGUGUCCUUUUUAUUUAACUGUUUUUCUGUGUCAAUGUUUUUUAAAUUUUUAGAAGAAUUUGGAAAACCAAGGCAGCAGCUGAGUUGGGAGUCACUGUGUAAUGUUGCUAUUUAUAAAAAACAUUGACUGAGAUUAAUAAAAAAAAUCUAAACAUCA